AUGAACAAGAAAAAUAAUAUUACCUUUAUAUCGAAUUAUAGAGUGAAUCCCAGAUACUAUUCUCACGUAACCAAGGGUUUUAUUAUUACAGUUAUGUCAACAUUAGAAAUAUAUAGUAAAAGUGAAAAAAAAAAAAUAUUAUAUUUUCUUAUAAAGUUUUUUAUAUUUACCAUUUCAAUUUGGAUAUUACAUUGUUCUAAUAAUUGUAAUUCUGGUGUAUUGCGGAAUUAUAAAAAUGACUUAAAAAGAGUACUAGAUUUGGGAUAUAAAAGAUCAUUAGCAGAAAGUAAUGAUACAAUAAAACAAACAAAAAGUAAAUUAAUAUUCUGGGAACAACCAGGUAUUAUAGAAGCACAUUUAGAAUCAAAGAAUGAACAAAAUGAGAUAAAGCAAAAUAUGGAUGUAGAACAAGGGAAUGAAAUAGUCACAAAAGAGAAAAAUAAUAAAGUAAAAUGUAAUAAUAAAAUUUUAAGAAAAUGCAAAAGCAAUCUAAAACUAAUUUCCUCAUUUUUUGCAUUUUUCUUAUCCUUUUUUAUUUUUACAUUAUAUAUUGUAAAUAAAUUUACUAUACUGUGGACAUCUUAUUUUUCUAUAUUAUCUCCUUUAUCUUUAGUAAUAAUUUCAAUUAUUUUAACACAUGAAAGAACUGAAAUAAAAUAUAAAAAUAAAUUUUAA